AUGUCUCUAAUCAUGGAAGUAAACUUUGACAAAUCAAUUCUUACUCAACCAACAAGAAAUAUUCAUGAAAUUGAAAUUCCAAGAGAAGGAAAUUCUAAAAAGUUACAAUUCUAUGAAUGUAAAGCAGCACCUAAUGUUCCAUGCUACAAGAUAGUCUACACAUCUGAUGGAAUUUCAUUUGGAGAAACUGUCAUGAGUCAACUUGUGUCAGAUUAUCAAUUAAAACUUGACAAGGACUUUAAGAAUUUCACAUCUGUAAAAGAAAUGGAAGCAUGGAUGUUUAGCCACCAGAAUGAAACAAUGUUUGGUCUUGCGUUCAUACCAAACUCCAUUUUGGAUACAGUUGAUACUUUAUCUUACACACUUUACUAUAAUAGGUCAAGAGAGGAAUUACAUUUUCCAUUGUUGAGUUUACAAAACAUAAUUGAUAACAAUAUAAUCUAUUUAAGAAUGAAAGAGUUGAAUAGAACUCAAGAUUUGAUGGAUUCUAGAUACUCUGUCCAAGUUGACUAUAAGAGUUUUCCUCAACCAUUGACAACCAAAGAUGGACAAACUUUAGUUUUCAAAAUUUCAGGCCCAACCUUCUUCAGCAUAUCCGCAAUGUUUAUUUUAAUUGUUUCUUUGAAUAAUUUGGUGGUUGAAAAAGAGUUUCGUCUCAGAUUUUCAAUGAUCAUGAUGGGAAUGAAAGAAUCGGCAUAUUUCCUUUCAUGGUUAAUCACAUUUUUAGUGAUUAGUUUAGUUUUUGCUUUGGUGAAUGUGUUGGGUGGAAUGAUCUUUCAAAUGUCCAUAUUUUUGAAUGCAAAUUUUGUUGUUUUGUUUCUUUUAUUCUUUAGUUUCUCAUUUUCACUUAUUUGCCUUUCAUUCUUUCUGUCAACUUUUAUUAAGGAAUCAAGAAAUGCAUUAAUUCUUGGAUUUACAGUUUUGGCUAUAUCAUUUAUAUUGAACUUGACAGUUUCGAAUGGAGGAAUUGUUUAUCUUCUCUAUUCAGACAAAAUUUCUCCCUUCUUCUAUAUCAUCUUCUCAUUCUAUCCACCAUUUAAUUUUGCAAAGGUUUUCAUUGAUAUUGCUUCUAAAACCUUACCUGAAUACGAUUCUGCACUGAGAAGAUUUGUUAGUGGUCCUGGUUACUCUUUUACAGAUUUUUUUGUUGGAAAGAACUCUUAUGAUUAUGUACCUGCUUCUUGGAUUGGAGUUGGUCUCUUGUUCCUAGACGGUUUGUUCUUUCUAAUCCUGUAUUGGUAUUGUGACAAUGUCAUUUCUGAUGGAAACGGUAUUCGAAAGUCACCAAUCUUUUUUCUCUAUCCUUCCUAUUGGGGAAUUCAAUGCUUUCGUUCAAAGGAACACAAAGCACCAUCAGAUGAUAACAUUACCUUCUCCAAAUUUGAAACAGAUGAUGUCAAGGUAGAAUUUAAAAGAGCAAGAGAUUGGAGUCAACCAGCAAUUGUUAGAAUCAUUUCAUUAAGGAAAACAUUUUCUGGCUUUUUUUCAAGAAUUGCACACAAAAUACUUCCUCAAAAGUAUGCUGACAAAUUUUCAGAGAAGAAAGCACUCAAAGAGUUGAAUCUUGUUGUGAGGGAUAAUGAAUGUGUCAGUUUGUUAGGGCAUAAUGGAGCUGGCAAGUCAACUACAAUGAAUAUUUUGACAGGUUUGUUUGAGCAAUCACAUGGUGAGGCAUAUGUUUCUGAUUUAGAUGUUAAAACUUCCAUUUCUGCUGUUAGAAAACAGCUUGGCAUUUGUCCUCAACAUGACAUUUUGUGGGAUGAUUUGACAGCUGAAGAACAUUUGGAAUUAUUUGGAGAUUUGAAAGGAAUUCCAAGAAAAGAAUGUAAAGAGCAAGUUAAAUCGUUAUUAGAUUCUGUCGAGCUGUCAAAAGUUGGACAUCAUUUGACAAAGACUUAUUCUGGUGGAAUGAAGAGAAGAUUAUCCAUCUGUAUUGCAUGUAUUGGAAAUCCUAAAUUGAUUCUUCUCGAUGAACCAACAACUGGAUUAGAUCCCUAUUCAAGAAAGAAAGCUUGGAAUUUAAUUCACAACAUGAAAAAAGGAAGAGCCAUGAUUUUGACAACACAUGCAAUGGAUGAGGCUGAUUAUCUUUCGGAUAGAAUUGCAAUCAUGGCCAAUGGUGAGUUGAAAUGUAUUGGAACCUCACUUUCAAUCAAAUCUCAAUAUGGAAGUGGUUACAACUUGAUGGUUGUGGCCAAUUCAGGUCACGAAGAUAGUAUUCUCACAUUAAUCCAACAUAAAGUUAAAGAUCUCAAGGUUGUGAGUGAAAAUGCUGGAAAUUUCAUAUUUAACAUUCCAAAGCAUCAAGUGAGUGAACUUUCUGAUUUGAUUUCAGAAAUGGAAAAGCAAUCAUCUAGAAUAGAUGGUAUCAUUAAGGAUUGGGGAAUUUCUCAAACCACAUUAGAAGAGGUCUACUUGAAAGUUACUCAAAAGUCAGAGUUUUCCUUUUCCAAAAACAAAACCUGA